UUCCUUUCCCUUUCCGCCGUCCCGCCCCGCCUGCCCCUUUCCCCGUCCGGCGGCGCCCCUCCUCCCCCGCCGCGUCGAAAUCCCAAACCCCACCCUCCCUCCCUCGCCGCCCGCCUGCGAGCCACGAUGAUGCACAUGACCUUCUACUGGGGCACGUCCGCGACGAUCCUGUUCGACGGCUGGCGCACGUCCGCGUGGACGGGCUACCUCCUCUCCCUCCUGGCGCUCUUCCUGGCCGCCGCCUUCUACCAGUACCUCGAGGCCUUCCGGAUCCGGGUCAAGCUGCUCGCGGGCGCCAAGGCGGACCCCCUCCCCCCGCCCGCCGGCUCCGACGCGCGGGCCCCGCUGCUGGCGCCGGGCGCCGCCGCCUUCGCGGGCGGGCGCAUGCCGGCGCGGGUGGCCACGGCGGCGCUCUUCGGGGUCAACGCGGGCAUAGGGUACCUCCUCAUGCUCGCCGUCAUGUCGUUCAACGGCGGGGUGUUCAUCGCCGUGGUUCUCGGGCUCGCGGCCGGGUACCUCGCGUUCCGCAGCGGCGACGUGGACGGCGACGACCUCGUCGUCGUCGACAACCCCUGCGCCUGCGCCUAGUAGGGAAUCCGACGAGGCGAGGGGUGGGUCGCCGGCUUGCCCCCAAGGUGUGAAUGUGUGUGAUUACUGGAUGUUGUACAACACAGGUGGUAAUAAGAUGGUGUACAAAUUGAUUUGGUGUGGUUCGGGGGGAUUGCAGACGUUCGUUUUACCCGGGAGGAAAUUGUACAAUACAGAAUCAGGAUUCAGGAAA